UUCACAAACGGACACUCUUGAAUUGCAAACCAUGGUGGAUAACCGCUACGCUACCGCCCUGGUCAUUGGCUCUGUUCUGAGUCUGCUGGCCACAGUCUAUCUCUCUGUUGCCGUAGGAACACAGCACUGGUACCAGUACCGAAGUCUGCCCGGCAACCAUGAGGCCAGCAACGCGGAGCUCCGUGAGGACUUCAUCAACGGGGAGUUUGAUGAAAAGACCUACAGCGAUACGCUGUUCCGCCUCAAUGGCACCCUUGGGCUGUGGUGGAGGUGUGUGCAGGCGCCAGGCCAGUCACACUGGUUCAAAGAGCCUGAUCCUAAGAUGGUAACACAGUGUGUGAGCUUCACUCUGCCUCAGCAGUUUGUACCCAAGUACAAAGAACCAGGGAAUCACAACACUGGGAGGACCUACCUGUGGAUGUGCCAGUUCCUGCUGCCUCUGGUGUCCCUAGCCUUGGUGUUCCUUAGCGGGCUCAUCGGGGUAUGCGCCUGCCUCUGCCGCAGCAUCACCCCAACUGGGUGUGGAGUGCUCCACCUGCUAGCAGGUCUGUGUUCCUGGGCUAACGUGUGCUGCUUCCUGGCUGGCAUGGGACCUGCUCCACAGGGUUCGUGCUUGCCCGAGGAUGUGGGACGGCUCCUGAGCUGGUCCCUCUACCUGGCCCUCCAUCUCCUCGCCACUCAGAUGAUGGCGGCCGCCCUCUUCCUGUGGCGCCAGCAGCCCGCUCAGAACUACACCAUGACCGCCUACCGGGUGGCCUGGAAGAGACUGGGUUUCUUUUAUACGUCAGGGUUGCUGUUCAAAGAUCCCACCAUGCAGACCAGCAGCGUGUCCAGGACGCAGGCAGCCUGGGCGUGGGAGCAGAUCUUGGGCCGGGCGGGGGUCCUGGACCUCGGAGGAAAUCCAGGCCGGAUGGAUCGCCCGGCCAUGGAGGGAGGCGGUAGCGGCGCGGCGGAGAGAGUAAUCGUUUCUCGGACGCGACCCAGGCAUGGGCAGCCGGCUGAGGAGGCACGCGUUCAGGCCCCAGGUUACGGGAGCCAUUGGCCCGUUCCGCUCCACGCACCGCCGUCGCGUCGUCCGUCCACCCGUUGCUGCUCCCGCACCAAGCCGAGUGCGAUGCGUCGCCUAAGCCCGUUCGGCUCCGCGCAAAGCCAGGUCCUUCGCCCGUUCGGCUCCCGCGCCAAGCCAAGUGCGCAUCGUCCUCCCCGUUGCUGCUCCCACGCCAAGCGGUGCCUCGUCAGCCCGUCCCCGUAG